GUUUCAAGCGAUGAAUUGGUGGAAUAAAUACCGAAAUCACAUAUCAUUUUGGAUUCUGGGCUUAAGUAACAACUAUUCCUAUGUUAUUAUGUUAAGCGCAGCCUUCGAUAUCAUUGCCGAAAAUGAUCGCAAACCGGGAGUCAGUGGCGGCGGCGAUGACAUUACCGCCGAUGACUACGACGACAACAACAACAAUAAAAAUUCAACAACAUUUCAGUGCAACUCGUCAUCGACCGGUGCCGUACUUAUUGCUGAUAUACUUCCCUGUCUUAUCAUUAAACUAUUGGCACCGUUUGUCUUUACAAACACAAAUUUUAGGGUCUCAUUAGUGGUCAUACUGUCGGCCAUGAGUUUCAUAUUGACAUCAAUUUCUACAAAUAUCUACUAUUCAUACAUAGGUAUUGUAUGCGCCUCCCUGUCCAGCGGUUUAGGCGAAACAACAUACCUAUCGUAUACAUCGAAAUUUGAUUUACGAGUCAUAUCCUACUGGUCAUCGGGAACGGGAGCUUCCGGUUUGUUAGGCUCGUUGUCCUAUGCAUUCCUUACGACAAUCGGUUUGACUCCCAAAACAACACUACUGGUCAUGUUAGUCAUACCAGUGUUGAUGGCGUUCACAUUCUGGUGUAUCAUAACCGAGCCUACCGUUCCUCACGACGACUCUAUUGCUGAAGUUAUUAGUCCAUUGAUUUGCGAUGAAUCUACUGACGGCGUGGACGACUGUACCGAUGAGACAAUUGUUUUGAAUCCAAACAAUUCCGGCGACAAAAUGACAAUCUGGCAGAUGAUUGUCUAUAUUAAAAGCCUACUGAAAUAUAUGCUGCCAUUAAUGUUUGUCUACCUGUUUGAGUACUUCAUCAAUCAAGGAUUGUUUGAAUUAGUCUACUUUCCCGGCAUAUGGCUUACACAAAAAGAGCAAUACCGAUGGUAUAAUGUCGACUAUCAGAUCGGUGUAUUAAUAUCCCGUUCGUCGAUAAGUUUUUUGAAAAUUCAAAAACUCUAUCUACUGGCCAUUCUUCAGUUGGUCAACGUUUUGAUAGUCUUGACACAGCUGUGGACACAGUUUAUGCCCACCAUUUGGAUAAUGUUGGCACUGGUACUGUUCGAGGGACUGUUAGGUGGGGCCGCCUAUGUUAACACAUUUUAUCGGAUCUAUAGUGAAGUCAAUCAAAAGUAUAAAUCCUAUGCGUUAAGUAUUACAACACUUAGCGAUUCAAUUGGUAUAACAAUUGCCGGUUUUACAGCACUUCCAGUUCACGACGCUAUUUGUGAACAUUUGAAAUAUUAAAUUAUUUAUUAUU